CCAGACUCUCCAGCGGCGUGGCACGACCAUGCCAGCAAACGGAUAAACGAUUGCGCCAAGGACGAGCAAGGACGGCGGCGGCGGCACGUGAACGGCGAAUGUCGCAAUAUGGCGGCUGGACGAGAUUACCAAACGGAUGAGGAUAGACAUUCUAGCAUCAGUCAGAGUUGGCCGCCUCCCAGAGCCCGUCAGGCCGCACAUCUGGAAUGCAAGCCGAGUCGAGAACCGGUUCUGCAGGCUCUGCAAGUGCAGUGA